AAAAAAAAAAAAAAUAUUAUGGAAAAAAAAUAUUACGGUUUCUCAUAUAUCUUAUCUUCAAGACCUACAGCUUACAGUGUACAAUCCAGGAUCAUAGUCAAUAUUCCUGUGCAGGCUGGUGUAGCUUUGCAUGAACCGCAUUCACUGCCUGUGCGCUGUGUUCGAACACAGAUCGCUGUACGGAACCUCUGUGAGAGGUCCCAAUUCAUGUGAUCACUGAUUGGCCAAUCAGUGAUCACAGGAACAGUAGUAAACAAGAUGUCACUUCCUGA